CAACUUCCUAAAAUAAAUAGAGCACGACGUGGCAUUGUUAUUAUAGGGACGCCAAUGUCAGUUGAAACCCACAGUUCAGAAUUUUUCCACGACAAUCCAUUUAUUAUUUUAUUAAUCUAUUUAUAAAAGUUCAAUUUGUAUUUAUGUGAUAAAUUAAAAGUUUGAUGAAGCAUUAAUAUAAGCAUUUUGUUUGGCCAGAGUUGUACACUAUUAUUAUUUUCCAUUUUGUUCCUGAUUACUUAGUUGUUUUAUAGUGGUUGGAUUUUUUAAUUUUUAAGGGUUACGUUAAACGUUAAAGGAAUAAAAAUUAGAAUUUUUAUCAAGUCAUGAAACGAACAAACAUUAAAUCUAUCAACAGUUUUUAUAUAUAAACCUCGAUUGAAAUUAUAUUAUAAUAUUUUACAAAAUGGGUGAUGUAUCUGGAGAUAGGUGGAGUCCAUCCAGUUCUCCACUCGCAACAGAUUUAAAUGUACCCAAAAUUGACAUAGAUGAUGUCAAUAUCGGAGCAAAUUAUGUGAGCAUGGAAGGUUCGUCGUACGACAACUCGUCAGAACAACCGUUACUUGAUAACCAAACUCCUAGAUCAGGAGUGUGGGCCCUCAGACUCAUGGUUCUAACGUGGAUUGUAACUACGUUCCUAUUCUUCUUCUAUCGCGAACAAAUCUCAAAACUAAUUAGAAAAGUUGCAAUAUUUUGCGCUGAACAAGGCUCAAUGGUUUAUAUAUACUACGUCCUUAUUUACACAGGGACAGUGCCUCUCCUGAUGUCUACAGAGAUACUUACAGUCACAGCAGGGUUCAUUUUUGCACACAUACAUGGCAAUGCUCUUGGAAUUUUCAUAUCCACAGUGACAAGUUUUAUCGGUUACGCCGCGGCAAUGUCAAUAUGCUUCGUAUUGGCACGAUACUUUAUAUACGAUUUUGUAAAUCGACGCUUUAGAUCAUAUAGAUAUUACAAUGCCCUGAUGACAGCAACUGAGAGGGAUGGGUUCAAAAUGGUGUCCAUAAUUAGGCUAUCGCCAUUCUUCCCUGGUGCCAUUUGUAGUUAUAUCUUCGGAACAACCAACGUGUCAUUUAAGGACUUUUUCUGGGGUUCGAUCGGAUAUCUCCCAGCACUAACUUUCUACUCCUACUUGGGUUCUUUACUUGAAAGCCUUACAUCAGACGAACCAGUACACGGUUGGAGAACCGUACUUUAUAUUUCAAUCUCUCUAGUUGUUUCCAUUGCCGGCAUGAUUUACGCAUCAAAUUUGACUAGGGAGCAUUUACCAGACGUUUAGCAUUAAUUCUAAUUAUUUUAAUCUCUAUAACUUGUA